AGAGCUCUCUCUUACAGAAACACGGCAUACACACACAUCGCGUGUAGCAAUUAGCUGGUUGCAUCGUCCGACGGCCGGCGAUCCGGAACAACUUUGAAUAAUUACAAUGAUUUUAAGAAACACGUAUUCCUAACAUAAUUCCAAGACAAUCUUUUCCUUACCAAAAUUUUAUUUAAAGCAUAAUUUUAUGUUAUAAGAUAAAAUAGUUAGCGACUUACGUCAUUUUACGGACCUAAUGUUAUUCUGAAUGACCCUGUAUAGUGUCAUUUACACACACACACACACACACACACACACACACACACACAAUUUGAUAUAUAUAUAGCCUUAUUGAAUAAUUUGAUAUUUAAAUUUUAAUUUAAUAUUUUUGUUUAAAUGAGUCAACAAAGAAAAAAAAAUGAAAUACAUAAUCUUGUGGAUCAGGCAGCCAAUAAAUUUUGGGCAGAUGCGUCGAGAAAACAAAAGUCUAUACAAUUUACUGCUACAUCCACUUACUACACACAUAGCACACAAUCGCGCAUACAUUCAAAAUCAUAUGUUUUCGCUCCCAAUCAAUCUUCUUCAUGCGCACAGUAUUCACAUAUUCCAACAAUCCUACCACGAACUCAAAGUCAUGAUGCCUCCAGUUCCUAGUCAUCAAUACGGACUGAUUCUCAAUUAUCACACAUUAAAAAAUUAUCUUUAACACGUCCUCUUCAAACUGCUAACUUCAAAAACUUCCAAAACACUCUCCAGAUCAGAUUUAUCAUCAAAUACAUACAAACGUGCACCUGAGCAGUUUGUAUGUAUUGCACCGGAUACAGACAGAACAAGUUUAUCUCAAGGCCAAAAAAAUAAAUCUUUUAUGGAACAAAUAAUCUCAACUUUUGGUAAAUUUCAAGCUCAAUUGGAUCAAAUUGAGAACAUGUUAGAACAAAUGAAAGACCGUCUUUCCAAAGUAGGACAACCUCCUCAAUGCAUUCCAUUCAUUACGUUAGAAGAGCUUUUAAAUUUCCAACAUGUUGAUGAAGCGACUUACGACAAUGUGAUGCAAUGACAGAAAACUCUAAUUAUAGAAAACUAAAUAAAAAGGAGUUUGAAAAUGCGAUGAGCCCAGCUCUAAAAAGUAUGAAAGAGCAACAGCGAAAAUAUUUAAUGAAUAUCGUUAACCAACGACGCAGACGAGAUGAUCUUUCCGACGACAAUGACGAAGAUCAAUUGAAAAUGCACGUCCAACGAAUUCAAAAAUCACGUCGAAACAUAUUUUAAAUUGCUGAGCUGCACUUCAAAAAUUUCUGAAGAAAAAGGAUUUAUAUAAUUGUUUUUAAAUAAUAUAAAUUUUAUUACAGUUUUUAAAGUGUUUAUAAAUAAAAAAUAUUACAUUUAAAAAGCAAA